UUAAAAUGGCGGCGUUGAGCAGCGAGUCCCCACCGCCCGUCUUUAACGGAGACACCUCGGAGCGGGAGCCGGGCAGGGAGCGGGGCCUGGAGGAGCUGGGCGCCGGGCUGGACUCCUCCUGCUCGGCGGGGAUCUCUGGAGGUCCGCAGGAUGAGGAGAUCUGGAACAUCAAACAGAUGAUCAAGUUGACACAAGAACACUUAGAGGCUCUGCUGGACAAGUUUGGAGGAGAACACAAUCCUCCCUCCAUAUAUCUGGAGGCCUAUGAAGAGUACACCAGUAAGCUGGAUGCCCUGCAGCAGAGGGAGCAGCAGCUGCUGGAGGCCAUGGGUAACGGUACAGACUUUUCCUGCUCCCCAUCUCCCAUGCCGCCUCUCCUGGAGGUCAAGAUGGGAGGAUGCGGGGUCGGAGGAGGGGCUCAGGCCUUCCCCUCUGCCCCCAACACCUUGGCUGUCCUGCAGACUCCCACCGACGCCAGCCGAGCCAACCCUCGCUCCCCCCAGAAGCCCAUCGUCAGGGUCUUCCUGCCCAACAAACAGAGGACAGUGGUCCCGGCUCGCUGUGGGAUGACUGUGAGAGACUCGCUGAAGAAAGCUCUGAUGAUGCGAGGACUGAUUCCAGAGUGCUGCGCAGUCUACAGAGUACAGGACGGAGAGAAGAAGCCCAUUGGCUGGGACACAGACAUCUCCUGGCUGACAGGAGAGGAGUUACAUGUUGAAGUGUUGGAGAACGUGCCACUCACCACACACAACUUUGUGAGGAAGACCUUCUUCACACUGGCCUUCUGUGACUUCUGCAGAAAGCUGCUGUUCCAGGGUUUCCGCUGUCAGACCUGUGGAUACAAGUUCCACCAGCGCUGCAGCACUGAGGUUCCCCUCAUGUGUGUCAACUACGACCAACUAGACUUGUUGCUAGUGUCCAAGUUUUUCGAGCAUCAUCCGUUCACCCAGGAGGAGGUCUCCUCAGAGGGAACCACCCCCGUGUCUGAGGUCUGCCCCUCACUCCCCCCAUCUGACUCCACUGGGUCUAUAUGCCACACUACUGUGUCCCCGUCCAAGUCCAUACCCAUCCCACCCAGCUUCCGGCCCAACGAGGAGGACCACCGCAACCAGUUUGGCCAGCGGGACCGUUCGUCCUCCGCUCCCAAUGUCCAUAUCAACACCAUCGAGCCUGUCAACAUCGAUGAUCUGAUUCGAGAUCAGGGCUUACCGAGGUCAGAUGGAGCCCCCCCGACCCACCCCGCCCGCUGCUUGAGGAAGCACCGAACACGGACCUCAAGCCCCCUCCUAUACUCCUACCCCAAUGACAUAGUGUUUGAUUUUGAGCCCGAGCCUGUUUUCCGAGGCUCCACCACAGGGCUGUCGGCCACGCCUCCCGCCUCUUUACCUGGCUCUCUGACCAAUGUCAAGGUUCCACAGAAGUCGCCAUGCCAACAGAGAGAGCGCAAGUCGUCGUCCUCGUCCGAGGAUCGCAAUAAGAUGAAAACCCUGGGGAGAAGGGACUCUAGUGAUGACUGGGAAAUCCCUGAGGGUCAGAUCACUCUGGGUCAGAGGAUAGGCUCUGGAUCCUUUGGAACAGUCUUCAAGGGGAAAUGGCAUGGUGAUGUGGCAGUGAAGAUGUUGAACGUCACUGCUCCUACACCACAACAGCUUCAGGCCUUCAAGAAUGAAGUGGGAGUCCUCAGGAAAACGCGUCAUGUGAACAUCCUGCUGUUCAUGGGCUACACCACCAAGCCUCAGCUGGCCAUUGUAACCCAGUGGUGUGAAGGCUCCAGCCUGUACCACCACCUGCACAUCAUCGAGACUAAGUUUGAAAUGAUCAAGCUCAUCGAUAUCGCCCGGCAGACCGCCCAGGGCAUGGAUUACCUGCACGCCAAAUCAAUCAUCCACAGAGAUCUGAAGAGCAACAAUAUUUUCCUCCACGAGGAUCUGACAGUGAAGAUCGGUGACUUUGGUCUGGCCACAGUGAAGUCUCGCUGGAGUGGCUCCCACCAGUUUGAGCAGCUGUCUGGUUCUAUACUGUGGAUGGCUCCAGAGGUGAUCCGGCUGCAGGACAAGAAUCCCUACAGCUUCCAGUCAGACGUCUACGCCUUCGGCAUUGUUCUGUAUGAGCUCAUGUCAGGAGCUCUGCCCUACUCCAACAUUAACAACAGAGACCAGAUCAUAUUCAUGGUGGGUCGAGGUUAUUUGUCUCCUGACCUCAGCAAGGUGCGCAGCAACUGUCCGAAGGCCAUGAAGAGACUGAUGGCUGACUGCCUGAAGAAGAAGAGAGAGGAGCGACCCCUCUUCCCUCAGAUCUUGGCAUCCAUUGAGUUGCUGGCUCGUUCGUUACCCAAAAUCCACCGCAGCGCCUCAGAGCCUUCGUUAAACCGAGCCGGCUUUCAGACAGAGGACUUCAGCUUGUAUGCCUGCGCCUCACCCAAAACCCCCAUCCAGGCUGGCGGCUAUGGGGAGUUUUCAGCAUUUAAGUAAGUGCUGACGGUCCCACCAGUCCAUCCCUCGUCACUUCUCAAAAAGUCUUGUGUCCCUGCGGUGGAUUCAUUCAUUUCUAAAAAAAACUGAAAAAAAUAGUCUCAAAGAAUGUGCUGUUUUCUUCCUCUGUCAACCUGAAGAAGGCGGCCUCACUGGAGUCCUUCCAGCAGGCAAACAGCCACAAUGACAGACAAAACAGAAUUAGGAAAACAUCUUUUUUAAAAAGACAGCAAAAAAGAAACUUGAAUAACACAAA